AUGUCGGAGAGUUGUGGUUGUAAUGGCAAAGGCCAACAUAAUAAGCUUACUUGCCCCCCGGGUAACCUGAAAGAAUCUAUCGAUUGGAUUCUAAGGGUGACGAAUAAGGAUGGUUUGAAUGGUGGUAAGAAUGGCAAUGCCACGAAACUUGGAGAGGAGGUUGCGAAGUUACUCGAAAAUGAUAGAAAAGUGCUUGAAAAAGUAAUACCACAGUUGAAUAAUGGUCAAUUGAUCACCAAUUUGGCCGAGAAGUUGGCAACGUUCAUUGGUUGGAAUGGUGGUGGUAAAUUGGACGGCAGUAAAGGUAUUGCCAAAAAUGGAUACACCUCUUCUUACAAAAAAGAAGCCACUUGGAGUUCCGCCGAAAAUGACCAACAACUCUACGCUCGCAUCUUCCUCGGCACUAUCCCCGUAAUUUUUUCCGGUCUAAGUUAUUUGUAUUGGCAAUGUAAUGAAGGUAAUGGUAGUGGUGCUACUGGUGAUGGUACACGUUGGACCCCUCAAUAUAUUAACCAACCGUCCAACCCCCUUGGCAUCUAUUUCGUCUGUUGUGGUUAUGACUUAACCAAACUCAAUCAGAAUAAAAAAGGUCAACAAGUUGGCACAACUUGUUUCCAACAAUUCACUGAAUUCACAAACGGUGCUACCAACGGUACUGCCAACGGUACUGCCAACGUCUCCGACCCCUACCCCGAGUACAUCAAAGAAGUACUAACCAACAAUAACAACACCAACGUGGAGACCCACCCCCUCACCGCCCUUUACAUAUGCUCAACAUACUAUUUUCAAUCGCAAUUCAACAAUGCUGGUACCCGUACACCCACCACCAUCAGGGAAAUGCUCUACUGGCUCAUGGCUCUGCCAUAUAGUGGUUGUUUCCAAUACGCGGAACAGGAGAUUAAGAAUGGUAUUAAAAAGCAUAGUAACACUGACACUAUUAAAUUCAUUGUGGGUCCCAUCUUAAACCCUACUGAUCCCCUCGACUGUCUUAUAUCAACCACUUGCCAUUACGCCGCAGUGGUCCUAUCUACUAUGCAAGGUACACUAAUAACCAAAGAUAUGACUAAAACUGACAAAGAGAAACUAACGCUUACUGACAUCUACUCGAAUACUGCCUUCAACUUUGAAUAUCCCACAACCGCAGGUGCCCUAUUCCCCGUUCUAUGGGAUAUAAUUUACUGUUUAUUGUCUCAAUUAUAUUUCCUCCGAAGACAAUGUGCAGACACCUGGGGAGAAGGUUGCGGUUGGAACGAAUGUCAAUACGGGAAAGAUAUUAAUCCUAACACUGGUGACAACGCCACACCACUAACAAAUUGGAUAUGUCAACAGGGCACUAACCACCCCAAAAAUUGCGGCAAAGAACCCAGCUCCCCAUCCCCCCUCCAAGCUUUCCUAUGUGAUUAUCUUACACCAUUCCAAUGUGAAUCACUUAAAAAUAAAAAAUGUGAGAUGAAGAAUGGUCAACUUGUAUCGACAAAUGGUGUCACCCCUGUACCAUAUAGUGACCAUGUUUCCCAUCGCAAUUUCAAUCAAUAUUGCCCAGUACCAAUGGGAUUCAAUCACGAAAUGUUAACACAGACCGAUCGCACUGGUGACUGUAUCUAUUGGAUACUAGUUUACUUCACCCAAAGUGACCGUAACUCCGUCACUCUCUACAACACAAUCAUAUGUCUAAUGUGCUGCAGCCUACGUACCCCCCGUACAGUCGGUGACCUCUUUGCUUUCUUCCUCUGUGCUGGGUUGUUCUUGUAUCUUGGUGAGGAAAUGAAAACUGGUGGUUCCCCUAACGUCGCUAAAGCCAUUCAAAAUGAAUCUAUGAAAAUACCAUGGAGCACUGGAUCCAAUGCCAUGAUCAACGCAGCCAAGAAACUAGCUGAAUACCAUAACAGUCGCUCUCACACUCCUGAGGCCACCCUCCACAGCCUCUACGACAGCAAUUGCGGUAGUGGCAAAACUUGUGGCAAGUACCUCCAAUCGCUCUCCUAUAGUAUCUAUCGCAAUAUUUCUACAACUUUCGCUAUGUCCUAUCUAUCACGUAUUGUCUAUCUUACAGAUGUCCUCAAAGAUGGUCUUGAACUAUUACUUACAGAGUUCAACAAUCUUAAAUGUGAACACUGCGAUAAAUGUACACCUAAACACAUAGAAGGUGACCACGGCAAAGACAUGAAAUGUCUCUGUCCCACCAUCGUCCAAUGCGCUGACGUCCUACCCCUUUUCUUCAAAUUCGGCUUCCUAUACUACAGUCACUCUGCAUUGAAUGGAAAAUACGAACGCAAAUCCGACUGGCUCCGCAACUGCUCCCAAUUCGCCACUCAACUCAACGCAGUCAUCGACGACGUUGGGCUCUUCAAAAAUCUUCUCGACGAAAUCGACAAAUUCCUCUUUUGCAUCCGCAAACCAUUCCUCUACUACCUUCUCACAUUCUGGCUUAUAGCCAUUCUGUACUUCAGCUACGGUCUUACAAUACCUCUAGACCUCUUCCACAUCCGUUCACAUUGGAGACCCGCUUUGUCCCAUCAAAUAUCCGUGUUGGCGUUAUUAUCACACAGGGCAAUGUCACCAACAAAGGUUGGCUAUUUCACACCAUAA